AUGUGCAAUCUGUUAGCAUCGCCGAUGACAAUUUUUGCUCUGAUAAUCCAACUACUGAAACUAAAUGGGGCAUCAUAUAUGCACAAUGGGAAAUUAAAAAGAAAAGAAAUACGUGAAUUAUCUGACGUAACACUGUCAGUGCUUCAAGCAGAAUUCAAUGAUAUUCAAAAAGAGCUCGCAAGUAAUAGUACUUUGUUUGAUGCUGUUGCGCUUGUAACGAUGGAAGAAGAAAGGAUCAUUAAAAAAUUUCAAAAGAAGAUUAAAGGAGAUUUGCCUUUUUGGGAUUACCAAAUGGAUAUUCGGCUGAAAAAUCCAAAAGAAUCAUCAAUAUUGCUGAUGAAAUUUUGUCAAGAUGGAUCUGGAAAAGUGACGAUCAAUAAUAGUAGCAGUUUAAAUUCUCUUGAUGGUAAAUUCAAUACAUCUAAUGCAAUUCUGAAGCAACUCAACGAAAUUGAGCACAACUGCAAAAAUGGAGCUUUAUUAACACUUCUGAAAACUUUCGUUGCUAACCACACAGUGGAUGACCAAUGUUCUCAGUGCCAGACUGAAAAAGCUCAAAAAUGGCUUUUCUGUGAUGAAUCUCUCCGUCAAUGCGUGAGUAAAAUCGCACCCAACGGUAACUGUGAGAGGUUUUCAAACAAUUCAGAAUGUUGUUUCCAGUCAAUAUGUUUGCAAGGCCGUUGCAAGGCAGAAGAUAUGAAAAUUGCUGCAGUCAGUGACGAAAAGCAUGCCAUCGUUGAGAUAAAUGAUUCUAGCACAAGGAAUUUGAUAAAUUCUGCAAAGUUCUCAGUUCAGAAACCUGAGUCAGCAAAUUUUCUAAGUAACUAUACUUUGUACGUGAAUUCAAGCAAUACCUUCACAAGUGUAGGAAGUGUUUCAGAAGGCAUAACUUCUGAUGCAGUAAUAGUCGACAGUAGCAUUCAGAGCUUAAAAUCAGGAGGAAAUCACACUAAUUCCCACGGAAGCCAUACUUUGAAAGAAAUUGAAAGAAAAACUGAAAAGGAAGAAAAUUUUGAGACAAAGACAAUACCUUUGAUACCACCUGCGAAGCAUUUCAAUCUUAACAAGAAAAAAAUAAGAAAAAAAUUCCUUAAUAGAAGGAAGGGCGAAUUUGCACAGGUCAUCAAGGUUACAGCGCAAUAUCCCCAGAACGUAAGCGUGAUUCAAAGCAAAAAUAGCACAGUUUUGAAAAAGAAAUUCUCAAGGUUUGCUCUGUAUCAAAAAAAACAAAGAAAAAAGAAAAUACAAGAUGAUCUGUCGGAAGGCAGUGCUUCUUUGAUUGGAUAUAACAGUUCACUUCCCAAUAGCAAUUAUUCACACAGCUCUUUCCAAACCACACAGGAAUUUGAAAGUAAGCUGAAAUUUAGUGCAAAACGUAAAAAAAUUUUGGGCAAGAAACAACGGAAAGCAAUUGAUGAUAGUCUAUUCCACCAAAUCAUGCUGCCAACUGCGAAGGUUACUACACUUGCUUCGCAAUAUGUAUACUUCUCAAUUACUGUUAUCGAAGGUAAUCUGAAGCGUUACAGUUCACUCAAUCGAGCACCUGCAAACUGUAAUAUUAUGCUUGUAGGAGCAAAUAUGCCUUACGGAUUCACGGAAAAAAUCAAUGGGCGACUGAGCCAACAAUCAAGUACCUCAGCUGUUUUACGCACACUAAAUCCAGAUCUAUUUGGACCACUGGUGGAAUUCAAUGUAACAGUAAAUGGCACUAACGGACGGCCUUGUCAGCAGAAAUGCAUGAAUAACAAGGGAAUGUAUGAAAGUUGCGAGCAUCACACCAUUCGAUUAUCAAGUCGUAAAUUCAGCAAAUUCUCAGAUCCAAUCAAAUUUUAUUCAUCUCAAAAAUCACUUUUGGAAAAUCAGUGGACCGGAAGAGGUUAUUAUCGUAAGAAAAAGCGUGACUUUUUGCUAUUCGUCUGUGACGACCAUAAAAUAGCUCAGUGCAAACUUUUCACUUUCACAAAUAUUGGCAUACCUGUGUGA